AUGAGUAGCGAACACACCUCGUCGGCCCCGAACGGGGCCAAUCCGGAGAAGCAGGCCGACACCACAGAGUUGGGUACCCAAGGUCGCCCCGGCGAUCUUGGCAACGGCAACAACGAGGCCACGUCCAUCGACAAGAACAGUCCUCGCGAUAUUCAUGGAUGGAAGUGGGCCGUCGCCUACGCCGCCAUGCUCUCCACGACCCUCCUCUUUGCUCUCGAUAACACCAUCGUCGCCAAUAUCCAGCCGGCCAUCAUCAACGAUUUCGGACACCUCGAGCUUCUGUCAUGGAUCGGCACCGGCUUCGCCCUCGGCACCAUGUUCAUCCUUGUCUGGGGUAAGGUCUACGGCGUCUUCAACAUCAAAUGGGUCUACAUCUUCAACAUCUUCCUGUUCGAGGCCGGUAGCGCGCUUUGUGGCGCGGCCCCUAACAUCGAAGCCCUCAUCAUUGGCCGUGUCAUUGCUGGUGUCGGCGGCUCGGGCAUGUACUCGGGUACCCUGACCUACGUUUCGGUUCUUUCCAAUGACCAGGAGAAGCCUGCGUAUCUUGCCGGCAGUACCGUCAUUUGGGGCGUCGGCAGCGUUCUCGGUCCUGUGGUCGGCGGUGCCUUUGCCGCGAGCAGUGCCACCUGGCGCUGGGGAUUCUACGUCAACCUGCCCGUCGGCGCUGCUUUCGCCCCAGCCUACUUCCUGCUCUUCCCAAGUGUCGACCCCCACCCCUCCAAGACCCUCGCAGAGAAGUUUCGCCUGGUUGACUGGGUCAACUCUGUCAUUUUCCUCGCCGGAUCUGCCUGCCUGACAGUCGUGCUCACCUUUGGCGGGGUUGUCUACCCCUUCAAUUCCGGAACCGUCAUCGCCCUGUGGACCGUCACGGGCGUUUUACUGAUUGCCUUCAUCGUCUUGCUCAAGUUGCACCCGCUGGUCACCAAGGAGAACCGCUUGUACCCUCUGCACUUUUUCAAGAAGCCGACCUUGAUCAAUAUGCAGCUUCAAGUCUUUUUGUCGUCCGGUAUCAUUUUGGCCAUGACCUACUACAUCCCGCUGUACUUCCAGUUCGUCAAGGGUGACGGAGCCCUCCAAGCUGGCGUUCGUCUGCUACCAUUGAUCAUGUUCAUGGUGGUAGCUUCCAUGGCCAACGGCUUCUUGAUGCCGAGAUAUGGAUUGAUUCCGGUCUGGUACAUCGGUGGCAGCUGUCUUGCGCUGAUUGGAACCGCUCUGAUGUACACUGUGAAUGAUACCACAUCCAACGCCAACAUCUACGGCUACAACAUUCUUGUGGGAACUGGCGCCGGUUGCUACAUCGUAGCCGGAUUCGCCAUCGUCCAAUCCCUAGUCCCAGUUCACGACAUCGCCAAUGCCGUAGGCGCCAUGACAAUUUCCCAGGAUCUCGGCAUGGUUUUGUUCCUAGCCAUCAGCGGCAGCCUCUUUCAUAACGUGGCCGUUGACAAGGUCGGCAAAGCACUUCCAGAGGUCUCCUCCACCGAGAUUGGCAACCUCAUCGCGGGAUCCAGCAGCAGCGCAUUCCAGGCGCUCACAGACGCAGAGAAGGCUCUGGUGAUCCCCGAAAUCGCCAACGCCAUGACCAGCAUCUGGGCCUUUUUCUUGGCGGCUGCCGCCCUGAGUGUGGUGUGCUCCGUACCACUGCUGAGAGCUAAGCUCGGCCGCGACAAGAUUUCUACUGCAGUGGUCGCAGCUUAA